UGUCUUAGCUUCCCCCAUCUUAACGAGUGCUUGCCUCCUACAUUUUCUUAUUUGUCUCCCUCUGUGCCGGAACCAUGAGACCAGAAGAGAACCCAUUAGACCUCAACAAUUUGCCUGAUGACUACCAUAGAGAUGGCAAACAAGUCUUCGAAGAUAUCUCGUCCGGUUGCAGGAAAAAGAAAAGCGGCGGGAAAGAUGGAAAAGAAGAGUGUGGUAAGGUCUACGAGUGUAGGUUUUGUUCCCUCAAGUUCUGCAAAUCUCAGGCUCUUGGUGGUCACAUGAACCGUCACCGCCAAGAAAGGGAAACCGAGACGCUGAACCAUGCUCGUCAGCUCGUCUUCCGUAGUGAUCACACCAUAGCCGCCCAAGGGGCCCCUCACUUAGGGUGUUGCCAACCAGUAGUAGCGGGAAGCUACCAUCCAGGUGGAGGGGGAGGCAACAUGGGAGACCCAACAAUGGGUCUGAGAUUUCCAAGGUACUUGCCGGGGUCAUCCUCGGCCCCGCCACAGCCGCCACCACAGCCAGCUCAGCCUUACAUUUACGCGUCUCCGUCGUCACGACCAAUAUCAUCGUAUCCGUCCCACUACAACUCGUCGCACCAAGUGAACGACUACUAUGUGGGUCACGUUCUGCACAACUACGUGGGCGAUUCAUCGAGCUACACCUGUAUCGGGGCACCGGUGGGUCAAGGGUUCGUUGCCAAGGACGGGACGCUGCAGAAUCAGGAAGAGGGUUUGAAUUGGGGAAGGAGCUAUUCAGCGAUCAAUCGGUUUCAAGAUGGGUUCUAAAGCAAUGAAGAGAGUUUGAACCAAGGAUGAUAAAGACAAGGGGGGGGGGGAGAGAGAGAGAGAGAGAGACCUAACGAGACAGAGAUGGGGUCAUAUGAGGAUGAAUUAGGUACAGUAAGUGUAGGACAGCUUUUGAGCUCAUGGACUGGGUCAGCUAGUUUGGCUCGGUGCUGUGAGUGUGUUUGUGUGUUGGGUGUGUUUGUGUAGUUUGUACUGCUAACUGUGGGAAAAAGUGGGGGAGACUAGACCUGGUGGGACAACAAGUUACAUAUCAACUGAAACUUUCCAAACCACCCUUUUUGUUAUUUCAGAU